GACUUUCAAAAAGUUGCAAGGCCAAUCAAAAUGUUUCUUAGUAUAUUUAAGGGCAAGAUUUCUUUCUUCCUGCACUUUUCUAUUUUCCCUCCCAAGAAUGGCUCGUACUAAGCAGACCGCUCGCAAGUCCACCGGCGGCAAGGCCCCGCGCAAGCAGCUGGCCACCAAGGCCGCCCGCAAGAGCGCCCCGGCCACCGGCGGCGUGAAGAAGCCUCACCGCUACCGCCCCGGCACCGUGGCGCUGCGCGAGAUCCGGCGCUACCAGAAGUCGACCGAGCUGCUGAUCCGCAAGCUGCCGUUCCAGCGCCUGGUGCGCGAGAUCGCGCAGGACUUCAAGACCGACCUGCGCUUCCAGAGCUCGGCCGUGAUGGCUCUGCAGGAGGCGAGCGAGGCCUACCUUGUGGGUCUGUUUGAGGACACCAACCUGUGCGCCAUCCACGCCAAGCGUGUCACCAUCAUGCCCAAGGACAUCCAGCUGGCCCGCCGCAUCCGUGGCGAGAGAGCGUAAUGUGUUAUGCUUUCUGUUUCAAAAAAGGCUCUUUUAAGAGCCACCUAAGAUGUCAUGUAAAGUUGCUGUAUACUUCUGAUUCUUAGUAUCUCACUUACAGUAUAUG